GCGUUUUGCUCGGGGCUCCAUUGCCUCCUCUCCAAGAAACGCCGCCAUUAACAAAAAUACAAGGGUAUUUUCGUCAAACAGGGCCCAAAGAAGCCCUAGACCAGGCUCGCAUCCUUUUUUGCCUAUAAAAACUCAAAGAAAACCCCUCAAACCCUACCUUCUCUUUUGUUUCCGUUAAUUUUUUCGACUCUCUGCGGCAGCUCUCUCUCGCCUACUGUCUUCGAGAAGUUUUCAGAUUUUUAGCACUUCAGAAUGGGUAAGGAAAAGGUUCAUAUCAACAUUGUGGUCAUUGGUCAUGUCGACUCUGGGAAGUCGACCACUACUGGUCACUUGAUCUACAAGCUUGGAGGAAUUGACAAGCGUGUGAUUGAGAGGUUUGAGAAAGAAGCUGCUGAAAUGAACAAGAGGUCAUUCAAGUAUGCUUGGGUGCUUGACAAGCUCAAGGCUGAGCGUGAACGUGGUAUCACCAUUGAUAUUGCCUUGUGGAAGUUUGAGACCACAAAGUACUACUGCACUGUCAUUGAUGCUCCUGGACAUCGCGACUUUAUCAAGAACAUGAUUACUGGUACUUCUCAGGCUGAUUGUGCUGUCCUUAUCAUUGACUCCACCACUGGUGGUUUUGAAGCUGGUAUUUCUAAGGACGGUCAGACCCGUGAGCAUGCUUUGCUUGCUUUCACCCUUGGUGUCAAGCAAAUGAUUUGCUGCUGCAACAAGAUGGAUGCCACCACUCCCAAGUACUCCAAGGCACGUUAUGAUGAAAUUGUGAAGGAAGUGUCUUCAUACUUGAAGAAGGUCGGAUAUAAUCCUGACAAAAUAAACUUCGUCCCUAUCUCUGGAUUUGAGGGAGACAACAUGAUUGAGAGGUCUACCAAUCUUGACUGGUACAAGGGCCCAACCCUCCUUGAGGCUCUUGACCAGAUCCAGGAGCCCAAGAGGCCUACAGACAAGCCACUCCGUCUCCCACUUCAGGAUGUGUACAAGAUUGGUGGCAUUGGAACUGUCCCCGUGGGACGUGUUGAAACAGGUGUUCUCAAGCCUGGUAUGGUUGUGACCUUUGGUCCAACUGGUCUGACAACUGAAGUUAAGUCUGUUGAGAUGCACCAUGAAGCUCUUCAAGAGGCACUUCCUGGUGACAAUGUUGGUUUCAAUGUGAAGAACGUUGCUGUGAAGGAUCUCAAGCGUGGUUUUGUUGCUUCCAACUCCAAGGAUGACCCAGCCAAGGGAGCUUCCAGCUUUACCUCCCAGGUCAUCAUCAUGAACCACCCAGGCCAAAUUGGCAAUGGAUAUGCCCCUGUCCUUGAUUGCCACACUUCUCACAUUGCUGUCAAGUUCUCUGAGAUCGUGACCAAGAUUGACAGGCGAUCUGGCAAGGAGCUUGAGAAGGAGCCCAAGUUCUUGAAGAAUGGUGAUGCUGGUUUUGUGAAGAUGAUUCCCACCAAGCCCAUGGUGGUUGAAACUUUCUCAGAGUACCCUCCCCUUGGUCGUUUUGCUGUUAGGGACAUGCGACAAACUGUUGCUGUUGGUGUUAUCAAGGCUGUUGACAAGAAGGAUCCUACUGGUGCCAAGGUCACCAAGGCUGCUGCUAAGAAGGGUGCCAAAUGAACCGUGCAGGUUCAUGCUGGUCGGCCCUCAAAUGAAAUCUACUACUACAAUAAAUCGUGUCAUGCAAACUUUUCGAGUGCUGCUUCAG